UUUAGUUUAUUUUUUAGUUAUUUAUUGUAAGUAAAUAGUUUUUUUUUGUUCCAAUUUUGUUUUAUUUUCACCUAAAUCAAGAUGGAGGUGAUAGAAGAUGGAAAUAUUAUGGAUCGGAUUCCCAUAUUAUUGCAAAGGGACUUGGAAUAUUAUCAGGCAAACCAGACGGUAUUAUCUGAGACAAUUUGUCCUGGAGUAGUCGGUGGGAGAUUGGACUUUCCCAGAAAUGCCUCGUUUGCAGCGGUGAAAAUUGUGCUGUGGUUGGAAGAGGAGUUUUCAGUUGCUUUCAAACAAGGCUCAGGAAUGUUUGUCAAGACUGAAGAAGAUGAUUCUGGAGAUAUUGGUGUCGCCAAAACUUCAGAUCCUGACAAAUUCGUGCAAUUAGCCAUUAAAUCCAGUGAUUCUUUGCUUGAGCACCUGCAUAUGUUGGCCCAAGAAGCUCUCGAUCACGCGGACUUGCCAGUAUUGACGGCUACUCUUGGAGCAGCUGCCCUGCUGAAGAACAGUCUGUUCUGCUAUCUGCAACACGUUGAGGAUAUGGGGAGCUCGGAGAGACUGUCUUUGCUGCAGUUUGUACAGGCUUGUUACAAACGCUACGUAACGAUGUCAGAGGCAGUCGCAGAGAGGGUGCUAGAUCUCCACAACAGGGUGCUCUCUCUAUACAUCCUGCAGGACUCCGGAGGCCGGCCUAUAGACGGGCAGACGCGGACGGUGCAUGAAGCCGGAACACCCUCUGUGCAGGGAUGGUGGCUUUAUAUGAACGGUAGUAGAAAAGAUCUAUGGGAUACCGUGCCUCCGAGAAUGGCUCAAAGAAUCUUUGCUGGCAUGCUGAAUGAGACUCUUACCAUAUUGACUGUGCGGUAUUGCCAGACAACAACAACAGAAGCUACUAACCGCCUGCUCCUCAACGACAUUCUCAAUAUCCUACUCUGUGUAGCUCAGUUACUUCCAUCGAUUUGUUCCACCGGUGCAGACUUGGCUGGACUGGACAUAAAACAGCAGACUCGAGAUGUUAGGGAUGUCCACGCGAAGUGCAACAAGCUGUUCAAGUGCCUGGUGUAUAGGGGCGCUGAGCUACAUUUCAUACAUCAAGCUUUCAAAGAGCAGGACAAGCCAGCAGUCUCGUCCAAAGACAGCCCCUACCCUUGGUUCACGUUCGUCAGUCCGGAUCUAUUCGAAGGCAGUUUUGAUGACAUAUCCCUGAAUGUUAAAAGCACACAAGACCUGCCCAACAAGACUGCUAUUGGACUGGAGCUGGUUGUCUUGUUGGCGCAACCCCAGCCAUCUUGGGCUUUGAUUGUGAAGGUCCUAAUGAUGCGUAACUGCCAUCUGGCCCGAAUACUGCUAAUUCGAGCCAUCAAGCUCAUGUCAGCGGACAACUUUCGCUGGCCGGUUUGGUGCGACAGAAGACCUCCGUGGUUGGCCGGGAUUCUAGCAAUCGUCGGAACAGCGCUGGAAUUCAUACCACCAAUAUUAGUCAAUGCUGUUCUUUCAGGAGCUUCUAUGUAUCAGACAAUGUCUCUCUGCCUAACCUGCAUAUCCCGCUCGUUAAACUGCAUACCGCGUAGCUUCACUAACGCGUGUACAAUCAUAGAGAAGACUUUGCCUUCCCACGUCAACCCUGUAGGAGGUUGUGUGUUACUACAAAUGCUGAUUACAGUGACGUAUGAAGAAAUGCUGAAGUGGGCGAAGAAGGAAGCUGCGAAGGAAAAAGCUGCUACAGCCAAUGGAGAACCGCACAAUAUGGGAAGCAAGUCAAAAAGACAGAGAGGGAAACAUGUUCGGAUCAUGAGUUUGUCUCAUACAACCAAUACCUCAAGUUCGCUGAGUUUCGAUGGAAGCCACAGUUCACCAUCUUCCAUAGCAUUAGUAAUCGCCGAAGCUCUGCGAUCUUAUCUCUUAGUAAUAGAGUCCACUUUUGCAGAUACCUGA